AUGGAACAAGUACCUGAAUCUUCGUCUCAAACAUUAAUAAUUAAUAAUAAUGGUGGUAGUACAUAUUCAGCAGGUGGGGAAUUAGUUAAUAAUUUGGCUUCUUUAACAAUAAAUAGUGAUAUAACUCCACAACCAACAAAUGAUCAAUUAUUUCAAGAUUAUUCCACUACAGAGCUAGGCGAUAUACACGUACCCGAGUACGAUAUUGCUCGUACUCAUACUCGUACUCGAAGGGUCGAUACUCAUACUCGUACUCGAAGGGUCGAUACUCAUGCUCGUACUCGAAGGAUCGGUACUCAUGCUCGUACUCGAAGGAUCGGUACUCAUACUCGGAGGGAUGGAUACAAGAGACGGGCCGUACCCACCCAUGUCUGUUCCACUAAUAUGGCAAAUGAAUGGGAUCCAUUAACAUUUAGUGAUUGGGAUAUACAAAUGCCGACUGCAGUUUGUAUAACACGAAUCAAAUGUGAUAUUUCAAAUAUAUUUAAAGAUCCACCACCAGGAAUUUUUAUUUCACCUGAUUCUGAUAAUCUUACUAAAAUACAUGCUCUUGUCAUUGGUCCAUCGGAUACACCAUAUCAAGGUGGUUUUUUUUAUUUUUUUACACGUUGUCCACCAAAGUAUCCAUUCGAACCACCUCGUUGUCGUUUAAUGACUACUGGAAAUAAUACAGUUCGUUUUAAUCCAAAUAUUUAUGCUAAUGGUAAAGUUUGUUUAUCAAUUCUUGGCACUUCGACUGGUCCAUCAUGGAUUCCUGCUUUAGAUUUAUCAUCUGUAUUAAUUUUAAUUCAAUCUCUCAUGUCACAAAAUCCAUAUCAUGAUGAACCCGGUUUUGAACAAGAACGUGUAGCAGGUGCUUCAAACGCUUACAAUGAAAUAAUAAAACAUGAAACAUUACGUGUGGCUGUUUGUGAAAUGCUCGAAAAUCAAAACUCAUGCCCAAAAGAACUAUAUGAAAGAAUUUGUGAACAAUUUUUUAAGUUUUAUGAUUAUUAUGUGCAAGUAUGUACAGAAAAUAUGAGUAGAGAUGGUGAAACAAUGCAGGAUCCAUUUAAUGAAAGUCGUGGACAAUUUCAAUAUGGAUCGAUAUUGGCACGUUUAAAUAACUUAAGAGCUACAUUAGAAAAUAAUGGUAAUGAGGGUGUUGGUAAUGAUCAUAUGGAACAAUAG